AUGCAGGCUGAGCCCAGCCGAGAGCGUGCGGUUCCAAAAUCUGCACACGCUCACCCUCGAACGGGUCCAAGCCCUGAGGAGCUCCACCCUCUAUACAGACUUGAUGGAUCAAAGAUCAUGAAGGUCUUCUUGGACCCCAAGGGAAAAAAUGACACCGAGAACAAGCUGGAGACAUUUGCUGGGGUAUACAGGAAGCUUACGGGGAAAGAUGUCGUGAGCACCCCCGCCACGACCGCCGCGGCCGCGCCUACCACCUCUGCGGCCAGCACCACCACGGGGGUACCAGUCGGGAUAACCGAGAACCUCAAAACAGCUGGCCGCGAGAUGUCCGCUUUUCCCGCAGUUGUAACAGACACGCUGCCGACCUCCGCCGCUGUUUGGAACACCGCCGCUGCCAGGGUGAUCGGGCUUUGA